AUGCCUUCACUGAGCGCUGAGUUGGCCUCACAUUCACUGUCUGUCUGUGAGACUCACAUAAGGCUGACGUAUAGCUCAGUACUACAAUUGUGGCCACAGUUGAUGUCAACGGCGAUGUCUAAAGUGGACACAAAUGAGCGCAAAGCGAGUGGCAGUCAGAAGCAAUCGUUGGCCACUAGGAGGUCGACAUCGCCGGUGAAGCUCAAGGUUAAGACAUUGGGUCCGGUGGUGAGGGGCAAGAGUCAACGCAAACAACUCAAUGGAUUCACGUGUAAA